UUGAGUUGCAUUUAUCGCACUGGUUCAUAUUUUCGGCAAAUAUCACCCAAUUGUGUAUUGUGAUCAAAAAUUCAUAAUUACAUACAUUGUAUCUGCAUAUUGGAAUAUCUGAUCUGGAAGUUCCCGGAUGUCCACCAACUAUCAAAAAUGGAAGGCGCAUGACUACACUUGGGAUAUAAUUCCGAAUUUUUAUCUGCUUUCAAAACCUCAAAAUGGCCUCGUAUGAUUCAGGGUCACACAGUGGCUAUGACCGGGGGAAUAAUUUCACACCCUCUCCCGCAAAACAUAGCAGAACUGACAGUGGUAGUGGCGAUCAACCACUCAAAAAUCAGGAUUACCAGCCGACUAGCACAUCUAGGACUACUAGUGCUCCGUCAGCACCCACAAACAAUUCUCUCGAUCCCGCCGGGGAGGCGGAGAAAAAGCAGCAGACAGGAUUACCAGGCCUUAGCUCCGCGUGGAGUGCAGCUUUAGCUGCUGCUCGUGAACAAGCCGCGGCUGAAGGAGGUGGAACAACCAUGGCGCGAAAACGACCAAAUCAGAGACAAAAUCGGCAGAAUAAUGCCAACCCUCGCCCGCUUCGGGCAUUGUAUUGUUUAUCACUCAAGAACCCGAUGCGAAAGUUCUGCAUAUCGGUUUGUGAGUGGAAGCCUUUUGAAUACCUAAUUCUGCUGACUAUAUUCGCCAAUUGUGUGGCGCUUGCUAUCUAUACCCCAUACCCGUUGUCGGAUUCAAAUGAGAUCAAUGCAGCGCUGGAGAGUGUCGAAUAUGUGUUCCUUAUAGUCUUCACCUUAGAAUCUGUCAUCAAGAUCCUCGCCUAUGGAUUUGUACUUCACCCUGGUGCUUACCUCCGCAACGGAUGGAAUAUCCUAGAUUUUAUAAUUGUAGUUAUAGGUCUUGUAAGUGUAGUGAUGUCACAACUACAGAUGGAAAACUUUGAUGUUAAAGCAUUGAGGGCUUUCAGGGUCUUGAGGCCUUUAAAACUGGUUUCUGGAGUACCUAGCUUACAAGUCGUUUUAAAUUCAAUUCUCCGAGCAAUGGUGCCUUUAUUACACAUCGCCCUGCUAGUUAUAUUUGUCAUCAUCAUAUACGCAAUCAUUGGACUAGAACUUUUCUCAGGGAAAAUGCAUCGGACAUGUACAGAUAUAGACACAGGGGAUUACUCUAACGAGGAACCGCACCCUUGUGGUGAGGACAAAGGAUAUCAAUGCAAGGCGGGACAAAAUUGCACAUACGGCUGGCACGGGCCAAACAUGGGGAUUACAAAUUUUGACAAUUUUGGACUUGCCAUGUUAACAGUAUUCCAGUGCAUCACAAUGGAGGGGUGGACAGACGUCAUGUAUGAUAUCAAUGAUGCUGUAGGGAAUGAGUGGCCUUGGAUAUACUUCAUCAGUAUGAUCAUCAUUGGCUCAUUUUUUGUACUUAACCUCGUACUUGGUGUACUUAGCGGAGAAUUUUCAAAAGAAAGAGAAAAGGCCAAGAACCGGGGUGAUUUUCAAAAGCUCAGAGAAAAACAACAGUUGGAAGAAGACUUGAAGGGCUAUCUCGAUUGGAUAACUCAGGCUGAGGAUAUUGAGCCCGACAAUGAGGACGACGAGGGCCCGGAAAUCGCAAAGCACAAUAAACCUACCAGUGAGACAGAUUCCUCUGAAAAGACGGAAGAACUCGGUAGUGGCGAGAUCCAACCUCAGAAGUGGUACGAACCAAAGGUGCGCCGACUCCAGAAAUGGAAUCGGCGAUGUCGGCGACUGUGUCGCAAGGCGGUGAAAUCUCAGGCUUUCUAUUGGGCCGUUAUCGUGCUAGUUUUCCUCAAUACAGUUGUGCUAACAUCAGAACAUUACAAUCAGCCUGAUUGGUUAGAUAAAUUUCAAGAGGUGACCAACAUGUUCUUUGUGGUUCUAUUCUCUCUAGAGAUGCUGCUGAAGAUGUAUAGUUUAGGCUUCCAAGGCUAUUUUGUCUCGCUCUUCAACCGAUUUGAUAGUUUUGUUGUCAUCUGUAGUAUAUUAGAAGCUGUGCUGAUGUUUACGGAGGUGAUGCCACCGCUGGGUGUGAGCGUGCUACGUUGUGCCAGGUUACUUAGAGUAUUCAAGGCGACAAGAUACUGGGGGUCCUUGCGGAACCUGGUCGCUUCCUUGCUAAACUCCAUGAAGUCCAUCGUCAGCUUGUUGUUGCUGCUCUUCCUCUUCAUCGUCAUCUUUGCCUUACUUGGGAUGCAACUCUUUGGCGGCAAGUUCAACUUUGAAUCAGAGAAGCCCAGGAGCAACUUUGAUACCUUCUACCAGUCCUUGCUCACUGUCUUUCAGAUCCUAACUGGUGAGGAUUGGAACGUGGUGAUGUAUGACGGUAUCAAGGCAUACGGCGGCGUGACGAAUCCAGGUGUGAUCGUCUGCCUCUACUUUGUCAUCCUCUUCAUCUGUGGUAACUAUAUCCUUCUGAAUGUCUUCUUGGCCAUCGCUGUGGAUAACUUGGCCGACGCACAGGACUUGAGUGAGGAGGAGGAGGAGGAUAAGAAGGAGAAGGAGGCAGAGAAGAACAAUCGCUCUAUACGGCGCUCACAGUCGCCGCAAGGAGACGAGAAAAAUGGCGAGCCUGUGAUAAAGGAAGUAGAGGAGGGAGUGGAAGUGUGUGCUAAUAACAAUGAAGAAGGAACCCAAGAUGAUGAUGGUGCAGAUGAUGAAGAAAGCUCAAAAAUCAACCACAGCCGAGCCAGGCCACUCCGAAUGGGUAACGAGUAUGGCAACGGUGAUCACAAAGUGAGGGUGGACUUCUCAGACAACCCUGAUAUUGAAGGUGCUGAUGACUAUCGCUCAAAAAAAGAAGGAGACGAGAUGGGUGAGGAACAUGACGAGGAUGAAGAAGAGGAUGAGGAUGGGGAGGGAACGACGAUAUCUACGGUGACGGCUCGGCCUAGGAGGAUGUCCGAGCUACAUAUACCUGACAAAAUCAAACCCAUCCCUAAAUUCUCCUCCUUUUUUGUAUUCUCACACACAAACAGAUUCCGUAUCAUCUGCCACAAAGUAUGCAACCAUUCAUAUUUUGGGAAUGUCAUCUUAGCUUGUAUUAUGAUCAGCAGUGCCAUGCUUGCAGCCGAGGACCCCCUCGAUGCAAACUCAGAGAGAAACAACAUAUUAAACCAUUUUGAUUAUUUUUUUACAACUGUGUUUACUAUAGAGAUAACCUUCAAGGUUAUUGCCUAUGGAUUGGUGCUACAUAAAGGCUCUUUUUGCAGAAGUCUCUUCAAUAUUCUGGACAUGAUCGUUGUGCUUGUUUCUCUCAUUUCCUUCGUUUUAAAAAUAGCCGGAGGGGACAUUAAUGGAGCUAUCUCUGUGGUGAAAAUCCUCAGGGUAUUGAGGGUGCUGAGACCUUUAAGGGCAAUCAACAGGGCCAAGGGCCUCAAGCAUGUGGUGCAAUGUGUGAUAGUAGCAGUGAAGACCAUCGGAAACAUCAUGUUGGUGACGUGCCUUCUGGAGUUCAUGUUUGCCGUCAUCGGAGUGCAGCUCUUCAAGGGCACGUUCUUCAUGUGUACUGAUCAGUCAAAGAUCACCGAGGGUGAAUGCAAGGGGCAGUACAUUGUUUUCGUGGGUGGCGACUCUACAAAACCGAAAGUUGACGAUCGGGUGUGGUCAAACAACUUGUUCAACUUUGAUGAUGUUAGUCAGGCUAUGUUGACGCUGUUUACGGUGGCAACAUUUGAGGGGUGGCCGAUGUUGCUGUACAAAUCCAUCGACUCUCACACAGAGGACAUGGGUCCAAUCUACAACUUCCGGCCAGUGGUAGCCAUCUUCUACUUCACAUACAUCAUCGUCAUUGCCUUCUUCAUGGUCAACAUCUUCGUUGGUUUUGUCAUCGUCACGUUUCAGAAUGAGGGUGAGCAGGAGUACAGGAACUGCGAGCUGGACAAGAAUCAGCGUAAAUGCAUAGAGUUUGCAUUGAAAGCCAAGCCAAGCCGUCGCUACAUCCCGAAGCACCGCCUGCAAUACAAGAUCUGGUGGUUCGUCACAUCACGUCCAUUUGAGUACGGCAUCUUUGCACUUAUCAUGAUCAACACAGUCACUCUCGCCAUGAAGUAUGAUGGGCAAUCUGAAAACUACUCAAAAGCCUUGGAUUACAUGAAUAUGAUUUUUACUGCUGUGUUUGCUGCAGAAUUUCUGUUCAAACUGGUAGCAUUCAGAUUUAAAAAUUACUUUGGAGAUGCUUGGAAUGUUUUUGAUUUCAUCAUCGUGCUUGGCAGCUUCAUCGACAUCAUCUACACAGAGGUCAACCCUGAUAACAAAGACUAUGAUAAAGAUUGGCCGGGAGGUGGAAUCAUCAGUAUCAAUUUCUUCCGAUUGUUCCGUGUAAUGCGGUUGGUCAAACUCCUCAGUCGUGGGGAAGGCAUACGCACACUCCUAUGGACGUUUAUCAAAUCAUUUCAGGCUCUGCCAUACGUCGCCCUCCUCAUUGUGAUGCUCUUCUUUAUCUAUGCAGUUAUUGGGAUGCAAGUGUUUGGCAAAAUUGCCUUGGAUGAUGAUACAGCCAUUCACAGGAAUAACAACUUUCAAACAUUUCCUCAAGCAGUGUUGGUGCUCUUCAGAUCUGCCACAGGUGAGGCGUGGCAAGAUAUUAUGUUGGGUUGCGCAGCCCGGGAAGACUCUGCGAAGUGUGACAUCAAAUCGGACGCAUUCUACACCCAGAUGCAUUUAGAACGCGGCAAUGAAACGUUACCAGAAGAUAUCGAAAACGAUACGCAAUGUGGAAACAAUUUUGCCUAUCCCUAUUUUAUAUCAUUUUAUAUUCUAUGUUCUUUCUUGAUUAUUAAUUUGUUUGUGGCUGUCAUCAUGGAUAACUUUGACUACCUGACGAGAGAUUGGUCCAUUCUCGGUCCACAUCAUCUUGAUGAGUUUGUCCGUCUCUGGUCCGAGUAUGAUCCGGAUGCAAAGGGUCGAAUAAAGCAUUUAGAUGUUGUAACUCUGCUCAGAAAGAUCUCACCUCCCUUAGGCUUUGGUAAACUCUGUCCGCAUAGAGUGGCAUGCAAGAGAUUAGUCACGAUGAAUAUGCCACUGAAUAGUGACGGCACAGUUAUGUUUAAUGCCACCUUAUUUGCACUAGUUAGAACAUCACUAAGGAUCAAAACAGAGGGUAAUAUAGAUCAAGCGAAUGAAGAACUGCGAGCUGUGAUCAAAAAGAUCUGGAAGCGGACGAGCCCGAAGCUGCUGGACCAAGUGGUCCCCCCAGCCGGGGAUGAUGAUGUCACCGUCGGGAAAUUCUAUGCAACUUUCCUCAUUCAGGAUUACUUCCGUCGGUUCAAGAAACGGAAAGAGGCAAUGCAGAAGAUGCAGAUGGGUCACGAACACACCAAUGCCCUUCAGGCUGGACUGCGUGCAGUGCAUGAUCUAGGACCCGAAAUUCGACGUGCCAUUUCUGGGAACUUAGACGAAGACGAAUUCCCAGAUCGUGAUUUUGAAGAACCUAUGCAUAGGUGUCCAAAAAAACCACUAAAUCUUCCUGAAAUAAGUGAGAAGUUGCGAAAUCACAGCCUGUUUGGCAGCGUUAUGUCAGCAUUUGGGCGCAACCAAGCGCCGAACUUGAACUCACCAAAUCGUAGCAACUCUCUCCACGUGAACCACACCCAGCCACACAAGAAGGUGUCACCAACGAACUCACUCAAUGCACCAAAUAUGCAUCCAAACGCCUCACCGCAGAACUCCCUAAAUAAUGGGAAAGUCGAAUCUCCCACGUCCUCAUACAACCACCUCAACGUUGAUUAUCGCAACGCCAUGAAUCGCUCCCCCUCGCCAUUACCACUGCAGCGGUUGUCACCAGUGACGUCGCUUGAGAGUGAUCCGAGGAGGUUAAGCCGUUCAAGCAUGUCCACCAAUGAUAAUGAUCCAAUUAUUGACAACAUUGAACCGAUCUCGAUGUCGCUCGAGGUGCCAUCACCCGACAGCCAGGAGUCCCCGGAAACGAUACCCAUGCGUUCUCUAGGGACAACAGGGAACGGUCUCGGCCAGGCCGUGGACCCUAACACCCCACGGUCAGGCGAGAGAACGAUGAAGAAAGGUCCAUUUGUUUACAGAGACUUCCCUACUGAAGAUAGUGACUUCAGUUAUUCUGAGCAAGACUUUAAGCAGUCACUACCAAAUCAUGUUAGCCCCGAUAUCCUCAAGAGCUUCCCACAGGAUGUGCCCGACUCCGAGUCAGAACUCGAACAUGCUCAACCCAACCAUUACCCUCGAAACGUCUCACAUCCGUACAAGUUAAAGAAUAGUUUGCCACAAGAAGACAGCGAUGCUGAGCGCGAACAAUGCCCACCUACACCGCCACCGCGACGAGCCAAUCGGCGAACACCAUCAAUCAAACUAGCAUGUAUAGGCAAGCAGAAUAGUGAUGAGAAUCCUCUUAUGAGAAAGAUAGCGCAGCCACUGAAACUUGCUCAGACUCAGGCUAUGGCUGUAGCAGGUAUGACUGCAGAUGGGAAACAUCGUUCAGUGGACCAUCCAAGGGUUUUGCGUACUCCUCCCGAUUCUCCACGACGUGUCAGGGCUUCCUAUCAUACUCCAGUUCAACCCUCAUUGUCAUCACCAACAAGUUACACCACCACCUCCAUAGGGUCUAACCAGGCCUCCCGGUCGUCCAGUUUUCGCAGUCAGGAUCCACGAGACAGCUACGAUGAAACCUCGCGGUCACAGACGCCCAGGCCCGGGAAGCUAUCCAGGCAGGGACGAGUUAGAGGCAGUGCAGAGAGCCUCGUUGAAAAGGUGCUAGUGAAAGAAGGCCUCGGUCGAUAUCUCGAUGCUAAUUACCUCCAGCGUGAGAUUGCAGAGGCCAACGACAUGACGCAGGAGGAAAUGGAUAAAUGCGCUCAUGAACUCUUACACCCGAACAAUCCACGUAGCCGGCCGUACAUGGAACACCUCGGUGGCUACAGUAUGCAGGAAAUGAAAGACUAUAACAAGUAUUCACAACAGGACGACAUGUUACCGAAAUCACGGACUUAUUCUGAUGACGACGAUGACAUGGUUUAUAGACCAACGAGAGGUAUGGUCUGACGUACCGAGGUGAAUUAGUGUGACACCCCAUAAUGCCCCUGUUCAGCAGGAGAAGAUGAUUCCAUCGAAGGCCAAAUUCAAGGUCAAACUUGAUUCGAAGGUCGAAGGUCAAAUUUGAUUCAAGGUCAAGGUCAAACUUGAUUUGGGUCAAGGACGCCUUUGUUAGGGUGAAGUUCAAAGCCAUGCUGUGAGUUGAAGAAUUCCAUGUUGAAUCUUGUGAUCUUGGGCAUGCGAGACAGUUGAACCAAGGCCCUGGUUUAUUUAUUUAUUGAAAAGGCGACAUAGGCCUUAAUUUAUUGUGAACCUGAGUAUUCGCCCCGUAGUUUGAAGGUGUAUGUAUUAUGCUUUUUAAUACCAAGUAUUGAUAUGACACAUAUAGUUUUAUGGCAAACGAUCGAAAGCGAAGGAUGCUCUUGGUUACUUUAUCAGUUUUUACCACUGGCUCAUUGAGGCUAUGGUUGACCAGUAAUUAAUUAGAUACAACCUUAACUCGCACUGUUUUCUACCAUACAAAUUCAAACAGCUAACUCUUCCAGUACAUCUAGUCUAGCCGGUAUGAACAUGUACUGUGCUCAUGAAAAAUAUCCCUUACAUUUGCCAGGAAUUCAUUGUAUUCCUCAGUUUCUAGAAAACAGUGUAAGUUUUGAUUUCAAGGAAAUUUUGUCCAAGGGGCAGUUGAGGCUGCUAUCUAAGUGCUAAGUGUUAAUUUCUGCCAUCCUUGUUUUAAAUGUUAGUGGUUUCCCUAAUUAACGGAUUUUUGCUUUAAAUAAAAAGCAACAACUCCAGUUUGAGUGGGAUACAUGUAGUAUUAAAAAUUAUACUUUCCCUAUCGAAAGUUGUAAGUAACCAAGGGAAUUAUUUCGGUAAAUGGUGUACUAACAUUGUAUCAAAACCAUACAAUAAUACAUUUAAACAAGGAUGUUAGGACCAAGGCUGAACAGCAUCAGAAAUGAUGGUAUAGUUAUGAUAUCUUUUUCUCUCGAAUGUUAGAAAGUUAACCCGGCUUUUCCCUAUAAUUCUAUCCUGGGUUUUUGCUGUGUUCUUACAUAUAGACAUGACUGGCCUGUGAUAAUAGUAAUUGGAUAUAAUGAUAAUCAUUCUAGUACUAAAAGUUGAUUCAUGUUGGAACUAUGCGAAAGUGACAUUGUUAUCUUAAUAGAAAAGCCAAAUUGGAAAACCAAAUUGUCCAAUCCAUUCUCCAAUUGAAGAUUUUCCAAUUUCAAAAUUAACUGAAUAUAAACCACAGGAUAGCCAGUGAUGAGCAGAUAGCCUAAAUGAAGAUCUCCCUUACAAAACGCUAUGCUAGGUUUGAGAGUAUGGUACAAAUAUUUUCCAUGUCUAUCUACAAAUAAUUUUGAAAGCAACUGUAAAAUAAAAGCAGUUAGUAGUGGGUCUGGAUCGAAAUUUUGCUAGUUUUCAGAAUCAUUUGUCAGUUUGCAUACCUACACAGUGUUUUGUAACGGAGUUCUUCAUAGUAUUUCCAAGUGUGUUUUGCCCAAUCAUUCCAAUCUUUUGCAAACAUUUGGAGUGUUCUAUAUAGACAGAGUUACCGACAUUUGAAGAAGUUGUAUAAAUUUGUUCCUCACUUUUUCUCGAUAAGGUCUGUACGUUUCUCCUAUAAAUGGGUGCUUGUAGAUGUGAUGGAUCGGUGCAGAAUGUCACAUAGAAUUUGAAAUGUUCCUUUCUAUAUCAUAGCGGGUAUUGAGCAUUUGAUAUGUAAAACUGGGGUGCAGUUAAGUUCUCUAUAACAAUCAAAGCUAUUUGUGUUUAGAAUUCCUCUUAGCAAGCAUGCUUUGUGUUUUGUAAAGGAGCCGUGCACUGACUCCUGUCAAUGUUACUAUAAAAAGGUGCUAUUUAGUUAAUCAGUACUUAAUAAGCAUUUAGGAAUUGCAUGGACGUCACCAGGGUGAUAGAAGCCAACAUUUUUCAUCAAAAUCUAUAUCAUCAGUAUUGUCCUUCUUCAAAAGGUAGAAACCGUAAAGGUUGAGAAUUUUCCCAAAAAAAUGGAUCUUGGUUCUCCUCGUGACGUCCCUGUAUAUUUCUGGCGUGUCGAUGAGUUCAGCAGGUUCAAGACUUUGGGGUUGGAGAGGGUUACAGUAAUCUGGACUUGUUUCAUUGACACUCCCUUCUCCUGUAUCCUAAAAUAUUCUUGAACACAUUUUGAAUAACAUGGCAAGAUCCUGGGUGCUUGAUUUUUUGCAGUCGUUGUUCUGUAAGGUUCGGUUUAAAAAGAUGUUUUGACUGAAAAACACCUGGGAAAAACCUCUAACUGGAUUAAGACUAUCACUGCCUUUGCUAGUAUUUAAAGGCUAUUCAUAAUUGUACCAGCUCGGCUUAAAUACCUAGAAUGAAUUUAUCCUCUCUCGGUCACAUGUAAAGAAUAUAUAUUUCGUCCUCUCUGUAAUUUAUCGAUUUAUUUAUUUAUUGUUAGAUACACUGCCUCUCACAAAUAGUAUUUUGCCAUGUCUUUGUUAUGCACAGCCAUGAUCUGUUUCUCACAUCAAAAAGACUCUAGGCCUGCACUGACAACUAUAAAGUUGAUUGCUCUCUCCGUUUGGUCACCCAUGAGCGUACUUACUCAUCAGCCUUUCCUCCUCCUUCCCCUUAGAUAUUGCCAGUUGAUAUAACAUAAUGUAAAGGUUUUUGCCAAAUUGUAAUCAAAUGGUACCAAUGUUUACUGUUGGCCCCCUUAUAUAAUGCAUAAAACACCAGAUUUCUUUUUCUUUCUAGUCAUCUAUAGCAAUGUAAAUCAGUUACAUAUCCUCUUCUACAACUUCUGUGUUAGCCAUUUUCCUAGUCAGCGUUUUGUUGGUUCAACCCAUUUACCACUUACUGCGCUCACCAGAUUUUUGAUGAUGAAAACUUUACUACCCUAGUUGUUAUUAUUAUCAGUCAUUAGUUAUUAUUUUCUAGUCAUUUUUUGUCAAGGAAACCAAGCUUGGCAACUUGAUACACCUUAAUCACUAAACACACUUAAGAAAGUUUUUAAAGUUAUAGACAGACCUGGUCAGACAUGGAAACUGUGGUUGUCAAGUUUAGCUUUUCCAUUGGAAAUUCAAGUCAAUGUGACAUCAUUUAAAUGAUCUCAAAUGUAAAUAAAGAGCAUACUAGUUGGUUUGUGUUAAUAUUAUCUCAUUAUUAAAGGUUUCUGAAAAUGGCCAUUUGACCCUUUCUUCCUAAAGUAUCAAAUCUUAAUAUCAUUUGAAAAACGAAGUAUAUUUUUGGUUGGUUUCUCUGAAAUAUGCUACAUAAAUAUUUUAUAUUAAAAAAUUUCUACAAUUUUGGCCAGGUUUUAACGAUAAUAGACUCUGCUGGUUGUAAUUUUAAGCCACAUGCAUGAUCCCUUUUGUAGCACACCUUCAAAUAUUGGCCAUGGGAUAGAGGGGUACUCAGAUGCAAUGCAUCAUACUUUGUAUAUGGACCGCCGUUCCUAGCCAACUGUGGAUGAAAACCAGAUGUCUACUCUUAUUUAGAAAAAAUCUCUGUAUAACCACUUAAAAUUCAUAUAACCGAGGGACAAAUUUGUUUCCCCAAACCUUCUUUUCAUGUUUAUGCCAUUUACCACCAGAGGGAGUGGCGUGUUGAUUCCCUGUUGGACCAUUACUGUAAAUAUCCCAUGGGGACCUGAGUCGCCACAACCUGUCAUUUAUUUAUUAGCCGUACUUAUACGAUGGAGCAGAGAGGACAAACCCCAUUUUGCUCUGUAAAAUAUUCAAUUUUUGCAAGGAUUGUUCAGCAAUGUGCAAUGAGACAAAGGUAUUAUUAAUAAAAUAUGAUAUAUAAAGUGA